UGACAGUGAGCUCUCCUGACACUGACAUUCAGGCUCCUCUCGUCAGUCAAGCAGCUGGAUCCACCAUAAGCAGCGGCAUGCACCAUAUUCAUCAUUAACCUUAAUUACUAACCUUAUCUGGGAUUAUACUGAAUAAUAUUUACCAUUUAAUAACACUGCACACAAGUGCAUCAGUUUUCUAGUCCAUAAGUAAAUGCAGUUUGUCUGAUGAUUUCAGGAACCUUUCUGCAUCUGUACCACUGUCACUACCUGGCAUGAAGAAGUCCUGGCAUGAGAACAUCACUCAGGACCUGAGGAAUCACCUAGUGCACAAGCUGAUUCAAGCCAUGCUCCCCGUCCCAGACCCUGCAGCGCUGCAGGACAGAUGCAUGGAGAACGUGGUUGCUUACGCAUGUAAAGUUGAAGGGGCCUGCUAUGAGUUUGCCAACAGCAGGGAUGAAUAUUACCAUUUAUUGGCCGAGAAGAUCUAUAAGAUCCAAAAGGAACUAGAAGAGAAGAGAAGGGCCAAACUGUCAAAGCCACUCACAAACACUCAGGAUCCUUAACAGCCUGAUUUCAUCAGAUCCAAAGCUACAGGACCUGAACAAGCCAUCGGCCAACAAGUUAGUUAUUUUUGGAGCAGAUCAGUCGUGUGUCACCCAAAUUGUAGAAGGACUGAGGGAUCUCAUUUGAGUUUAUAAUAACAGUCAGUAUGUGCAGCUUCAUGAGCAUGAACAUACAUCUGUUAUUCUUGAUUUGUUAUUUCCAUGUUUAUUUCAUAGUUUUCUCAUGUAUAUGCAGGAAUAUUUACUCUAUUCUGUGUAUUAGUUGACUUACCAUUUCUGAUUGUUGUUUGCUCUUUACUUUUUUUUUUUUUUUUUUUUUUUUUUUUUUUUGUUGAAUGUUAUGUUGUAUGCUUUAUCUAUUCUAGAAUUAGAGAAAUAAGUGAAGGUUUUCAGCGGGAACAGAUGUUGUGAAGCAGUAAUCCUCUGUGGACUUUGCAUGAUAUAACAACACUUUGUGCUGAAUUUGUGCUGCAUGCUCAAAUGAAGACAGAGCAUUAAGAAAGAUAAACUUAUAUGUAAAAUCACUUAUGGUCUACUGAUACCUCCAUCAGCUGAGUUGACAUGACAAAGUAGACUGGUUUUGGAUUUCAGACAAAACACUGAUGUUUAGACAUAUCUUCUGAUGAACAGAGAUCUGGUAAAGAGGCUGGCUGUUCAUGUUCCUGUAAUCCUUGUAUUAAACAUUUGUUGGCAUUAA